UUGCUGGAGAAGUCGACUUUUAAAAAGCAUCGGCAGACCGUGAUAUGACGACUUCGCUGGUUCUGCAUCCACGCUGGGCGGAUACCUUGAUGUACGUGUAUGAAAAAAGCCCGAAUGAAAAUAAUCACAAUAAAAACCAAGUCAUGGAGGGAAUAAGUGGGAAUUGCCCAGCGAGUCAUUGCAGGGAACUGAUCUCUCACCCAGCUUUGGGUCGCCAUUCCGGCAGCAUAGCGGCUCAUCAGGGUUCGGUUUAUUCGGAUAUUUCAUCUCCGGACGCGGGCAGGCAAUGUCCGGCUCCCCAGACUUCUUCGAGUGCAACCCUGGGCUACGGAUAUCCGUUUGGGAGUCCUUAUUACGGGUGCAGAUUGUCACACACGCACAACGUGAACCUGCAGCAAAAGCCUUGCUCUUAUCACCCGGCCGAAAAGUACUCUGAACCAAGCAACACUAUUCCCACGGAAGAACUGUCAUCCAGAGCAAAAGAGUUCACGUUUUACCCAAGUUUUGCCAGUUCCUACCAAGCUGUCCCUGGUUACUUAGACGUGUCCGUGGUUCCAGGUAUAAGCACGCACCCGGAACCAAGGCAUGAGGCUUUAAUACCAAUGGAAGGCUAUCAGCAUUGGGCUCUCUCCAACGGUUGGGAUGGCCAGGUUUAUUGCUCCAAAGAGCAAACGCAGUCCUCUCAUCUGUGGAAGUCACCUUUUCCAGAUGUCGUGCCUCUGCAGCCCGAGGUGAGCAGUUACCGGCGAGGACGGAAGAAGCGGGUCCCUUAUACAAAGAUCCAGCUGAAGGAGUUGGAGAAGGAGUACGCCAGCAGCAAGUUCAUCACCAAAGAGAAAAGGCGACGUAUCUCAGCAUCAACUAACCUCUCAGAACGUCAGGUCACGAUUUGGUUUCAGAACCGACGUGUCAAAGAAAAGAAGUUCGUCAGUAAAUCCAAAUCAUCUCACAUGCACACCACUUGAGAACGGGUGCCUAUAUCUAUUUAAACCGAACCCAAGAACACUCAUCCUGAACCCCAAGAUCCUACAUGUAAACGUUUCACAAUCAAUAUUUGUCUUUUCGUGAAAGCUAUUUAAAAGCUAAAGAGACUGCUGCCCCUGUUGGUCGCUCUUUAUCUUUCCUUUAUGAAUGUGAACAAUCACUUACUUUUUUUUAAGCAUUUGUAUAAAUAUAUAAUUGUAUAUUAAAAAAAAAAAAAAACUUGUAUGAAAUACUUGUAUACGUUUAAAAAUGUGUGUCCAGUCUUAAAUCUCUUUUUUUCAUGCUGAGUUUUUAUACCUCUUUUCCAGAAAUUGGAUAAAUAAAAAAUGACACAUUCAUAUAUUUGAGCUCCACACAGCGACGACAAGGCAAUUUUAUAUAAGAUGUUCGAUUCACUUCAAACAUCUCAGUCAAAACUUGUCAACGGAGAGAUAUAAGACUGCUAAUGUCGAAAUUGUACAGUAUACAGUAUGUCACAAUGUCUGAAUGUAGUCGACGUGGGACAAAUUGAUAAUUUGAAUAUUGGUUUAUUUCUAUAUCUUCCUCGAGGAAUAUUAGUAUCUGUUUUUUUUGCAAAAUGAAAUAAGCAUCCCAGAAAUCGAAUGACGUUGCUCAUUAAAAUGUAAGCAUACCAUGCUUUGCUCAUUCCUAAUAGUAUAUGACAUCUUAUCGCAUUAAGACUGUUGCUUCUUCCUGCAAGCUGUGUCUUCAUAUUAAUUGU